GUCCAAUCAAGCGAGCUGUACUUAAUUUUACAGGACGGGGCGUCAACAGAGGUCAAGUUCUGUUUUCCGGCAGUCAUCUCGUGAUCAUCUAGAAAAUAUGUUGGUUCUAGUGCUUGGAGAUCUCCACGUUCCCCAUCGGCAGAGUGGCCUGCCUGCCAAGUUCAAGAAGCUCCUGGUCCCAGGGAAGAUCCAGCACAUCCUAUGUACAGGAAACCUGUGUACCAAGGAGUCUCAGGACUACCUCAAGACUCUGGCCAGUGAUGUCCACAUCGUCAGGGGAGACUUUGAUGAGACGGUGUCUUAUCCUGAGCAGAAGGUAGUGACCGUCGGUCAGUUCCGAGUGGGUAUCUGCCACGGUCACCAGGUCAUCCCCUGGGGCGACGUGGAGAGCCUGUCCAUGGUCCAGCGCCAGCUCGACGUAGACAUUCUCAUCUCGGGCCACACCCACAAAUUUGAGGCUUACGAACACGAAGGCAAAUUUUACAUCAAUCCUGGCUCAGCGACAGGGGCUUACAGUGCUCUAGAUGCGAACACCGUCCCAUCGUUUGUACUGAUGGACAUCCAGGCAUCGACGGUCGUCACGUACGUCUACCAGCUCAUGGGAGACGAUGUCAAAGUGGAGAGGAUAGAAUACAAAAAGAACUGAAAUAUUGCUUAGAAGAAAGAUGCAUUCCAAAGAUGUAACAUUGCUCCUCAUCACCCCCCAGUCAUCUCGGAUGAAUAGCAAGAAAAUUCCCUUCGUACUCAAGAUGUUCUCCAUUUACCAAGGAAGUGUUUAUCAUCUGAGAUGUAUACAAGAGCAGUGGGCAGUUGUUUGUCCCCCGUGUAAGAGACACAACCAGCAAUUCGUUUUGACUCGGCAAAGGCUUACCCCAUUUUUAGUAGAGCAUAAAAAUAAAUACAAAUUUUCACUUAUUUACUGAUAUUGCAUUGACAGAAGCAGACCAUUUUUGUAAUGUAUUUGAUGUCUUUUUUAUACAGGUGCUUCUUUUCACCUACGUGUAGAAUACUGUUGACUCUUUAUCCUUACCGGUACUUGAUAUACUGACAAUUACAGUGUGCAAUGUCUGCUUGUAUGGUACAUAUGAUACAUUACAAUAAUAGUCUGUUAGUGUACAUUCAAAAAGAUGACGUUGAGGGGGUAAACUUGUGUCAGGCCUUGGGACCACGGUUUGGUCUUUUGGUCAAUUUUAUUUUGCCUCAUACUGUAUCAGCAAUUUUUAUUUUUAAAAUUAUAUGCUGGUAGAAUCACACCAAAACUAUACCCAGAAUGUGCACAGAAAAGAAAAUUUAAGGAAAAAAGGAGCAAUUUAUAAGUAAGACUAAUGCAACACAGUAAUUUUGUAAUGCCUGAAGCCCUUUGUGAAUUUUAAUUAUCAUAGAUAAAUGGAGUUCAAAUCCUAUUGUAUUAUGUGAAAUGAAAUGCCAAUGUAUUUUAAUUCAUUGUUGCGUAAAAUGGAAUUGACACAGAGAAAGGAAUGUGCUAUUUCCUAAUUGUUUGGGGAUGGUUAUUUUGAUAUACAUUGUAUAUGUGGCAUACGACAGCAAAUGUAUAAACAGUUACUUGACUUUGGACUACAUCAUUGUUUCAUUGAUAGUACAUUUAUGUAUAAUGAUGGAGUGCAUUUAGAUAUUCUACCGGUAUGUGCAUGCAAUAAGCAUAUAUAUUGUGUGUGUUGAGAGCUAGAAGGGUGUUAACUAUGUGUUAAAUUAUAUGAGUUAACGCCCUUCUGGCUUCAAACAGACAAUAUCUUUCCUUGAUUUUACAGUCUACAAGUUCAUUUCCAGUAUAAGUCCAUUAAUCUUUUAAUAUUUCUCAACCACAAUCAACCUCCAUUUUAUUCAUUAGAAUAUGUUAGCAUGGGUUUAAUUUAGAAUAUGGAAUCUCAACUCAAAGGGCUUGGUUUUGGAUCAAGAUUAAAGCUGUUUCAUGUUUAAUUUCAUUUAUUAUGUAUCAUGGAUUAAGAAUUUCAGUAUAAUAGAGCAUAAAAGUAACUUUUAUAUGAUCUAUUUGUGUUUAGAAAAGUGAAUUAUAUUUGUUUCUAUUGUACAUAUAUAUAACAUGUCUAUAGCUAAUGCUAAUAUGUAUAUCUUUAAUAAAAAGAUAUUGACUUCUAUAUUAGGUGACUGUUUUAACAAAGCAAAAUGUAGUACAUUUAUAUAUUUUGUAAUGCGAGUAAAAUACUAGCUUGUAUGGAAAAAGUUAAUAGCAAUGUAAAUGUUUACUGAUUCUUGUGAACUGUAAAUUAUAUUUAGUUUGGGGUUUAAUUCCAUAAUAGGGUAAAAAGGAAUCUAGAUAAUCUACUGCUAAAUGCACAGAGAUUACUGAUGAAUAUUAAUAAGUCUGAGUAGACGUAAAUCAUCACGUCUGAAUGAUACACGUCUGUCAAAAGCCAACUACACACAUUCACUAGUACUUGCAGGUGAUAAAUAUCUACAUUGUCUUUUGGGAGUCAGAUGUUUCAUAGUUUUACCAAUUUCAUGGUAGAAUAUUAUUCAUUGCCAUAGUAGGACUGAUUUUAAUUGUAAAACCACCUUUUCAUAAUUCAAAUUUAAGAUCAAGAUUUGGAUAAAGUAUGCUGAUAUGUUCAUACUCGUACCUUCCUAUGUUUAAAUUCAACAUACUACUUAACAGGAGUCAUUUCUGUGUAGGGAAUGAGGACAAAUUGGUAAAACAAGAAUGAUUUUAUGUUUCGGAUUAUAAAUUAAUAAACUACAUGCAUGUACAGACAUUA